GCCCAGCCCUCAACCAUGGCAUGCCCCCUGGACCAGGCCAUUGGCCUCUUAGUGGCCAUCUUCCACAAAUACUCUGGCAAAGAGGGUAACAAGAACACCCUGAACAAGAAGGAGUUGAAGGAGCUAAUCCAGAAGGAGCUCACCAUCGGCUCGAAGCUGCAGGAUGCUGAAAUUGUAAGGCUGAUGAGCGACCUGGACCGGAACCAGGACCAGGAGGUGAACUUCCAGGAAUAUGUCACCUUCUUGGGGGCAUUGGCUAUGAUCUACAAUGAGGUCCUCACAGGCUGAAAAUAAACUGUAAAGGUGAACACACACUCUAGGGGGUCUGUGCCCGUCAAAUUCAGUGGCGGAUAAUUGUACAAUAAAUAUAUAUUUCUUUUGGUCAA